AUAAUUGUCACAAUAUGAGUGAAAGAUUUUCGAAAGGACAUGAAAUAAAAUUAUAUAUUCAUGUCAAAUCAGGUAGUCUUAUUAUUCCAGGAUUUCGCCAGGCUCUAGCAGCCUAUGGCGGAGGGACCUGCACCAUACCCCAGGCCGGUAGCCCAGGGGCCACGACUGUUUGUACUGGAACCGCAAACGGAUUCUGUUUGAUUGAUACUUUCACCACUGCGGGUGCUCCUCAACUCACGUCUGCCGUUGCUGCUGGGAGAUGUGUCUGUUAUUAUGGAUACAGUGGUACAAGCUGUGGAACUGUUGACCCUUCAGCGACAUCGUCCACAAGUGCCUCAAGCAGUAAUGCUGUCAACACUAUUGCAACACUGGGACUUUUAGGUGCUGGCGCUUGGGCACUCUCACAGGGACUCGGUUCAGGUGGAUCACAAAAUGCACUCGGAAUCGGCUCAGGCUCCGCACAAAGUGCUGAGGAGGCAUUAUACCUACGACAAGCAAUGAGCAAAUAGAACUCUACUCCAUGCAACUGAUGUCUACCGUCCUUUUUACUUCAUGUGAGAAAACAAAGAAUGAA